AUGAUAGACUGUGGAGAAUUCUUGGCCCAGAAGCCCUUAUACUGCUUCAAUCUGACAUCCAUGCAGGAUUCAGAGAUGAUCCUUGCUGCCACUUUUCACUUCUAUGCUGAGAAGCGUCCUCGGCACCAGGAAGUGUUUUGUAAGCGAUCCAAGAAUUCAUCCUGCCGCCUCCUUCACCUGUCUCCGAUCCUGCGGCUCAACCUCAUUUUCCAAAGCAUUCACCAGAAUUCUGCCUAUGGGCUAGUGAAAGGGAACUUCACUAUGUUUCUUCAAAGGCGAGGGGCUUGGCAUGCAAAGGACAUUUCACACAUCAUAAAAGAAUCAAAACGGGCUGGAGAGCUCAUUCUCUGUGCUGAGCUUGAUUUUGGAGAGAAACAUAAAGGCUUCCCUGAGCAAGUCACCAGUCAUUUACCUUAUAUACUAGUUUAUGCCAAUGAUCUUGCAAUCUCUGAACCUAACAGUGUGGCAGUCACCCUGCAGCGUUAUGAUCCUUUCCCUUCCAAUGAUGGGGACCCAAAUCUGUCCCCUAAUGCUUCUACUGAUACUCGAGUGAGGAGGGAUACAUACCUCUCUAGCUCUAUUCAGAACAAUGAGUUGCCAGAAGUAGAUUAUAACAACAAUAAAUAUAACAAACAUGACAUAUGGGAGAAUGCUUACAAAUCCUUGAAACCAAAAGCCUCACGCAAAGACCGAAGGAGAAAAGGGCAAGAAAAUACAGAAACACUUACAAAGUCUCAGGUGCUAAAUUUUGAUGAGAAAACAAUGAAGAAAGCAAGGCGAAAACAAUGGAAUGAGCCAAGGAUUUGUUCAAGAAGAUACAUGAAAGUUGACUUUGCUGAUAUUGGCUGGAAUGAAUGGAUCAUAUCUCCCAAAUCAUUUGAUGCCUACUACUGUGCAGGGGCAUGUGAAUUUCCAAUGCCCAAGAUAUUAGAGACUGCACAGCUGGAGAAGAUCCUAGUAGGAUCUUCUUCAAGUUCACACCCAGGAAUUCU